AUGUAUGUUGGUCAACUUUUAUGUGCUGGGUUCCAAGGAACCAGCGUCACGCCACAAGCGUACAAUCUUAUAGUACAACAACAUGUAUCCACCUUGAUUCUUCUGAAAAAGAACUUUUCUUCAGUGAAACAAAUAACAAAACUUAUCCGAGAUCUUCAAUAUAUUGCCAUGACUCAGGGGAAUUAUGAGUAUCCUCUUAUAUUUGCCGUCGACGAAGAAGGGGGGAUGAUGAACUCCUUAUUUGAUCCCGAGUAUCUUACACAAUUCCCCGGAGCUAUGGCUAUGGCGGCUACUGGAGACUUAGAUUUGGUGUUCCAAGUACUGCGAGCACUUGCAAAAGAAUUGAAGCUCAUUGGGUUUCUGAUGCUCUUAGGGCCCGUAUUGGAUGUGGUGACCAAAUUAAGCCAUCAAUUAGUUGGGGUACGUAGUUUUGGUACGACUCCAGAGGAUGUGGUGAAAUUCGGAAGAGUCUGUUGCAAGGGACUCCAACAGGGGGGAAUAUUCACAAUGGGGAAACAUUUUCCAGGAAUUGGUAAUGCAAGCGUUGAUCUGUUGCUUGAACUCCCCAUGAUGGCAGACUCCUUGGAUCAGAUGAGACUACAAAAUACGGUUCCAUUCCGAGAGCUUAUCAAGGAGGGACUAUUGGACGGUGUUAGUGCUGCAGGCUGCGCAGUGCCCUCCAUCAGUCCUGAUGAGGUACAUGCAUGUUUAUCACCAAUACUUAUAACCGAAUUGCUUCGGAAGGAGUUAAACUUUAAUGGAGUGGUGGUGAGUGAAUGUUUAGAAAUGGAUGCUCUUUUCCAUUCUAUUGGUCUUGGCCAAGGUGUUAUCCUCGCUCUUUAUGCGGGGUGUGAUUUGGUGAUGGUUUGUCACAAUAUGACGCUUCAAAAAGAAGCGAUAGAGUCUAUGGACAAAGCUUUAGCCAAUGGUAAUUUGGAUUUGGAAUUAGUAAAUGGAUGUUUGGGAAGAAUCAAUAAAUUACAAAAAAGACUUCCAACUUGGGCUGAGAUGUUUCCCGAAGGUGAAAAGUCUGCAAGAGAUGACUUAAUUCUCUUUAAAGACAAAUAUCACGAUGUAUGGGAACAUCAUCAACAACUAUCUGCAUUAGCAUACAAGAAAUCAGUCACAUUAGUCCGAGAUUACAAAGAUUCUUUCCCAAUUACUAAAUUCCUUAGUCUUGAUGAUACUAAACCAGAUAUGAAUAACGUUUUAAUUCUUUCUCCUUUACUUAAUCCCUUGUAUAAACACGGUGAGGAAGAUGGUCCUCAAAAGGACGGCCUCUAUACUGGAGAAGAUGUGUUCCAGAAGUUUGGUGAAUUGCUUGCCAACCAUCCGUUUAAUUCUUCUCCGGCCAUGAAGGGAAAAUCUUAUAAUGUAUUACAUACUACUUAUACUGCCAAUGGACUUACCGCAUUACACGAGUCUCUUAUUGAAAACUCUCAAGUCGUUAUCGUCUUAACUUCUGAAGCAUCUAGAAAUAUGUACCAAAUUGGUAUCGUCAAGUAUGUUUCAAUUCUUUGUGGGGCAAAUCCAUAUUCCUUCAGUAAUAAAGGAGGCAAUAGAAACAGUUCCCAAUUGACUAAACCGCUCAUUAUUGUUGCAACUCUGUCGCCAUAUGACUUUUUUUACAAUAAAUCUAUCGGUAGUGCGUACCUUUGUUGCUAUGAUUACACAGACAAUGUCUUAGAACAACUUAGUGGAGUCCUUAUGGGUGACAUUCAAGCGGAAGGAUGUAUCCCAGGGGAGAAGAAGUUUGUAGGAAGACCUAAAAAGAGAAAGUUACUGGGAGGUAAUUUGAUUCCAUCACUGGGUCUUACCAACUCUUCUAGCUCAUCGAAAAAGGUUUAUAAGAGAAAUCCAACACCAUCUAGAAGGUGGUUAGUAGAUGAAUUAGAUCUCCAGCGUGAUUGGUACGCACUUACUAAAUUGUGGAUGAGUAGCACCACCGAGCCAACUACGUCGAAAGAGAUCAGUUACCAAGACCCUUACUUUUACAAGAUGCUUUACCUAUUACUCAGAACAACUAGUAACAAUCAAAAACAUUUCGUGGUAAGAAAUGCUUCUUUGAAUAUUAUAUAUGGGGUAGUAAUUACAUGGAUUGUUGAAGAGCAAAAAGUACUGAACAGCUCAAUUAAAAAUGAAACAAAGGACAACGUAUCAGCUGAAAAAGUUGGAUCUGUUUUAUACCUUCUUGUGGAUAAAUCUAAGCGAUUACAAAGUAUCGGUAAAAAUUUACACGCAAGAGCAAUGAGAUACUUGAUAGAAGAAAAGAAAUGCACAAAACUUACCCUCGGAGGUUCAUUCCCAUUAAUAUCGUUAUCGAACACUUCACAAUUGAUUCUUGAAAGAAAUUCUAAAGUGAUUUCAUUUUUAAACAAUGUGGGAUGGGAUUUGCCAGAAAAAGGUCUUCAUAAAAAACAUAUAAUGGUAUUGGAUAACUUGAGUACUUGGCUGGUUCCUAAGAAGAUUUUUAGAGAGUUGACUAUAGUUGGAGUUCGAUUUGACAUUUGUUCAAACCCAGAUAAAUUGAUGAAGUUAAUUGAAGGGAGUGAUACGAAUAAAUCGGGCCCGGACGCAUCUGGGAAUUCGACAAAAGAAGAGAGUUCAAGAGAUGAGGAGAAUAAUGCAUCAGGUACUUCAAACCAACCUCAAUCAAGCGGUUCCAACCUGGAUGAAACUAAUUACACUAAGGCUCUCUAUAUGGAAGCUAUCAAGUAUCUUAACAACAAUUCAUCAAACGGAGUGAAAAUUAUUAUUGCUCUUGAACCAACUAACCAAAAUGUCAUUGGAAGUGUAAUUCUAUUCAAUAACAUAUGUCCGCUUGCUAAAUUUUUCCCAUUUAUCAACCAGGCAGCCAGUGUUGGGAACGUAUCAACAGAAGACCCAAAUCCUGUUAUAGGAGGGAUCAUAGGUCCAAUUAUUGACCCUUCUUAUUCAAACCUUACAGAGAUUUUCAAAUUUGGACUUGUUUGCAGUGGGAUAACAUUUUUGAAGUCAAGUAAUGUUGAAGGCCAACCAAAGAUGAAUAAGUGUGUCAUGAUUGGAAUUGAAGAAGAUAAGAGUAGUAAUAUUAACGGAAUAAAAGAUAUUGGAUUCCAAGAGUGGAAACAAUACUAUGAUUAUUACGAGAAAAAGGCAGAUGCUAGGACCUUAUUAGAGAAUUAG